CAGCGGUUUCCAUCCGACUGACACUUUUCCGCUGUACGAACGACUUCCCGGUUAGUAGAGAGAACGAACGCUUCGUUUUUUAGCGCAUAUUUUUCUUUCUUUCUUUCUUUCUUUCUUUCUUUCUUUCUUUCUUUCUUUCUUUCUUUCUUUCUUUCUUUCUUUCUUUCUUUCUUGGUUUAGCUUUUGUCACAUCAAAGGAGCGACAGACAGGCUGCGCAGCGAUUGUUCCACUUUCUACCGUGCUGCUGAGUUGGCUCCUGUUAAGUGCUUCCUGGUUGGAGUCAGCCGCAGCCAUUUUGGAAUUUGGAGCGAGCGAGCGAGCGAACGGGCAUUGAGCAACAACUAGCCGGCCGCCGUGCUUCUGGGAGCCGUCGAAGUUAGCCACCGCUACCCUUUGCACACAUCAUAUCAAACCUUCCCCCCCACAAGACGCUAACACACUGUUCAACAGCUCCACAAUGAAUCCAGAAUAUGACUAUUUAUUCAAACUGCUCCUGAUUGGUGACUCUGGUGUUGGAAAAUCUUGUCUCCUGCUCCGAUUUGCAGACGAUACAUACACAGAAAGCUACAUUAGCACAAUUGGUGUGGACUUCAAAAUACGGACCAUAGAACUUGAUGGAAAGACCAUUAAACUUCAGAUUUGGGAUACAGCAGGCCAAGAGAGGUUUCGUACGAUCACGUCCAGUUACUAUCGAGGCGCUCACGGUAUCAUUGUAGUGUAUGAUGUCACAGAUCAAGAAUCCUUCAAUAAUGUUAAACAAUGGCUACAGGAGAUUGACCGUUAUGCCAGUGAAAAUGUCAACAAGUUGUUGGUAGGCAACAAGUGUGACCUGACGACAAAGAAGGUGGUGGAUUACACAACAGCCAAGGAGUUUGCAGACUCUUUGGGCAUCCCCUUCUUGGAAACCAGUGCCAAGAACGCCACCAAUGUGGAGCAGGCCUUCAUGACCAUGGCUGCAGAGAUUAAAAAAAGAAUGGGCCCCGGCGCCGCGGCCGGCGGUGGCGAGAAGCCCAACGUGAAGCUGACGCCCGGAACCACCGUCAAGCCUUCAUCGGGCGGCUGCUGUUGAGCGCAAAAGCACAGCCCGCCCCGCUGGCGAUUGAUUCUACGCUCGGUCAGUCGGUGUGCCUGGCUGCCAUCUGCCUCUACCGCAACCUGACCGGGUAGGGAUGACAUGACAUGACAUGACAUGACAUGAAUCACAUGUUAUGUGAGAACAAGAUGAAGUUGCCUGUAUUUCUACCAUCAUGUAGCACACUACCAAAAACAAAUGAAGCCUUCGUCUUGUCACCCUGUCCUGCAAUUGAUGACAAAUUGGAUCAAACGGUGAUCAUUUCACCAGACUUGGCCCAGACAACCAAUAUCUAUAUCUAUCUAUCUCUCCAUCUCUCUCAUUUGGCUCACUUCAUUCACACUAGUUUUAUUCCACUUGCUCAUCAGACUCCAAAAAUGUGUGUGUGCGCGCGCGUGCAUCACUGCAUUCCAUUUUGAGUUUGCUAACAAUUUGUUUCGUGAAGUUUUUUUUUUUUUCAUUUGUAUGCCUCAUCUUGUUUUGGCUUUCCUUUUGUCAUUCUGUUACCUAUCUGUCCUGUCUCCAUAUGAAGCCCCCCCCCUCCCCCAAUUCAUCGGCCAUAGAUGUUUCACAAUACAGCAUCUCAACUUUAGUACUACGUGCACAAAUGUGUGUGUGUGUAUAUAUAUCAAUAUAUAUAUAUACACACACGCACGUGUGUGUAUAGAUAUAUUGAUAUAAACUGAAUUAUAGGUGGUCAUAUUACUAGCACUAUAGCAUAGUACUGUUGCUAGUAAUAGUACUAUAUAUACAUAUACUAUAUAUAUAUAGUUAUUAUAUAUAUAUAUGUAUAGACCCAUAUGUCAGAUCUCACAUCUGUUCAGUAAUCUAAUGCAUUCUUAAAAUUGUCUUGAUUCAAUAUGUAAUACUAAACAGAAAAUAAUGUACUCCAUGACUAUAAAAUGAAAAGGUUCUUCUGUGAUUCUUGUUCAGAUGCAUUGUAAAGACUACACAAUUAUUUAUUCUACAUUUGGGGGGAUUUGACAGUUACAUGAGAUCUGUUUGCAAACUGUUGUGUAUGGUGGUAACCUAAGUGCAGAAUUUCAUAUAAAUACAAUGUUCUCUUGUUUUCAUAAUAAAGGCAACUGAAUUCAGUUUGAAAGAC